AUGCUACCCUCCGCCGCGCGCCGCCUCCUCCUCCUCGUCGCCGCCGCCACCGCGGCUGCUGCUGCGUUCGAGCUCGAGGAGGCCACCGUCGACUCCAUCCGCCGCGCCUUCGCUCGCGGCGAGCUCACCUCGCGCGCCCUCGUCGAGCUCUACCUGCGCCGCAUCGCGGCGCUCGACCCGGCCCUCCACGCCGUCGUCGAGCUCGACCCGGACGGCGCGCUGGCCGCCGCCGACCGCGCCGACGCCGAGCGCCGCCUCGCGGUCCCCGGCGCGGCUCUCCCUCCGCUGCACGGCGUGCCCGUCCUGGUGAAGGACAACAUCGCCGCGGCCGGCGGCGGCGGGGCGCUGAACGCGACGGCCGGCUCGCUCGCGCUGCUCGGGUCGCGCCCCGCGGGCGACGCCGGCGUGGUCGAGCGGCUCCGGCGCGCCGGCGCGGUGGUUCUUGGCACGGCUAGCCUCAGCGAGUGGUGCAACUUCCGCGCCCCCGGCAUCCCCGCCGGCUGGAGCCCCCGCGGCGGCCAGGGCAAGAAUCCCUAUGUGCCGUCGGCGACGCCGUGCGCGUCGAGCAGCGGUUCGGCGAUUGCUGCGGCGGCCAACAUGGUGGCGGUGACCAUUGGGACGGAGACGGACGGGUCCAUCAUGUGCCCGUCCAGCUACAACUCGGCCGUCGGGAUUAAGCCGACGGUGGGGCUCACCAGCCGUGCUGGCGUCAUCAUCAUCUCGCCGAGGAUGGACACGGUUGGGCCAAUCUGUAGGACAGUUUCAGAUGCUGUGCAAGUUUUGGAAGCAAUUGUUGGAUAUGACCCACAAGAUGCAGAGGCAACUCGUGUGGCAACACAAUAUAUCCCAGAAGGUGGUUACAGAAAAUUCUUGAACAUAGAUGGGCUAAGAGGCAAGAGGUUGGGAAUCCUCAGGAAAGAUUUCUUUCAGUUUCCCUCGGGCUCUGUUCAACAAAAGGUCUUUGAUGACCAUUUCAACACUUUAAGUAAGAUGGGCGCCAUAUUAGUGGACAAUCUUGAGAUGCCAAGCAUGAAUAUCAUCAAUGAUGCAAUACGAAGCGGUGAACGUGCUCUAAUGCUAGCAGAAUUCAAGCUGUCCCUCAACUCAUACUUGUCUGAACUGGCCACAUCACAUGUUAGAUCACUAUCGGACAUAAUUGAUUUCAACAAUAAGCACCCUGUCGAGGAAAAGAUGGCUGAAUAUGGCCAGAGUUACCUCCUGCAAUCUGAAGCAACAAAUGGCAUUGGUCCAACCGAGAAGAAGGCCAUUGCCGAACUGAACAAACUCUGUGGAGGCAUGGAGAAAAUAAUGCGAGUGAACCAACUGGAUGCAAUUGUGGCGCCAGGUGCGUCUGCUCACAGCCUGCUUGCCAUCGGCGGCUAUCCAGCUAUCACUGUUCCAGCUGGGUAUGCAUCUAAUGGUGUCCCUUUUGCCAUCUGCUUUGGAGGGUUGAAAGGAUCUGAGCCUAGGCUUAUUGAGAUAGCCUAUUCGUUUGAGCAGGCAACUAAAGUUAGGCGACCUCCAACCUUUCAGCAUUUUGUUAUUUGAUUUUAACCUCAAAAUAUUAUCAGACCAUUUGUUCAACACGGUUUGUUCCAUUUUCAUGUUUAAGCAGAAUUUCUGAGGGACA